AUGGCUAAGUUAGAGUUGUUACAAUCAAUAAAUGCGCACAAGGGUAUUGUCUGGAACGUCUGUUGGCACCCAGCUGGUAAAAUAUUUGCAUCAUGUGGAGAAGACAAGGUUAUCAAUUUAUGGAGUAAGGAGAGCCAAGGGUGGGCGGUUAAAACCAUGUUAGUAGAUGGUCACCAAAGAACAAUACGGGAAGUGGCAUGGUCUCCGUGUGGAAAUUUCUUAGCAUCUGCUAGUUUUGAUGGAACUACAGCAAUUUGGGAUAAAAAAAGUGGUCAGUUUGAAUGCAAUGCUACAUUAGAAGGACAUGAAAAUGAAGUAAAGAGUGUAGCAUGGUCACCAUCUGGGCAACUUUUAUCAACAUGUGGCAGAGACAAGUCAGUAUGGGUGUGGGAAGUAGCAGGUGAUGAUGAAUAUGUCUGCGAAGCAGUCCUUAAUGCUCACAAUCAAGAUGUAAAAAAAGUCACUUGGCAUCCUUCUCUUGAGAUCUUAGCAUCUGCAUCAUAUGAUAACACAGUAAAGAUUUAUAAAGAGGAUCAGCUGGACAGUGAUUGGAAUUGUAUAGCGACUCUAGAUUCACAUGAGUCUACAGUAUGGAGCCUUGCUUUUGAUAAAACAGGAGAGAGACUAGCCACUUGUAGUGCAGACAAUACUGUAAAGAUCUGGAAAGAGUACAAGCCUAAUAAUGAACUAGGAGUUAGCGUGUCUGAUCAAGAAUCAGUUUGGAAGUGUGUAUGCACGUUAUCAGGGUAUCACACCAGAUGUAUUUAUGAUGUUGCAUGGUGUCACCAGAGUGGUCUUAUAGCAACCGCAAGUGGUGAUGAUAUUAUCAGAAUAUUUAAAGAAACAGAGGACUCUGAUCCAAAUGCCCCCACAUUUGACCUGAUUUGUAAGAAGUAUGAUGCACAUUCUCAAGACGUUAAUUGUGUGAAGUGGAAUCCGACUUUGAAUAAUGAACUUUUGUCCUGUAGUGAUGAUGGUCAAAUAAAAGUGUGGAAAUUUGUCGAGGAAUAA